UUUGGCGGGAACGCGAGAAGUGACGUUGUGUGUUUUGUUUUAUUUUGUCUAUUUAGUGUUUCUUCAGGUUUAAAUGUGUAAUAACGGUGGUUUAUUAACUGUUCAAUAUCUGUGUGAAAGUGCACAAAUGUGGAAAAAUGAAACAAAGCCGCUGGACGUAACUUCUCGAGAUCCUCCAAAAAGUCAACUGAAAAAGUCUCAGUAAAUGACGACCACUUUACUGAAAUUAUAUUCCAUCCCAAAUCAUCUCAUCUCAUUUAAUUUCGUUUUCAUUUCAUUGCAUUUUAUGCCAUGUUUCAUAUUAAUCAACUUCAUUUCAUAAUAUCAUUUUACGUAUAAAAAAUAUAUAUAAAAGAUUAGGCUGUAUCGUAUGAUACCUUUGCCUUUCCAAUUGCAAAAAUAAAACUACUACUACCUAUGGUCUCGAUUAGUGUGACCAUAUGUGGCAAGAUCCUGCCAUUUUGGCAGGAUUGGACUCAUUUUAGCUUUUGGCAGUUUUUUGGCAGUAUUGGGAUAAAGAAAAUAAACAAACGAAACAAACGAUUAAUAUUAAGCACCAAUUUUUUUAUAACUACUUGUAAAAUGUUACGUGCUCCGUGCGUGAAAUUUAAUUUAAGAUAGGCUUUAUGAUCUUGUAACCAUUGGCCAUAAAUAAAUAAAUAAAGGUUAUUAUGUGACAGCUGUCCCGAUUAAAACAAUAGUCUUUACCAUAGAUUAUACACAUAAUAUAUUGAAUUAUGCUAUCUUUACCAACUCUUUCUUCAAUUUAUCAUUUCAAAGAAAUCUUAAAUCAAUGAUUAUAACACACUAUUAUUUACCACAAAAUUUUUAUAGGUAUUUUUGAUAAUAAAGAACAUUAAUUGUUUAAAGUUUGCUACUUCUACAUACGUUAAUGUUUGCCUCGUCUUUUUCACAUAAUAAUCCAAAAAUGACCUACGACUUCAAGGAAUUUGAAAAAAAUUCUUCUGAUGAUGAAAGUAUCUCUAGUGAUGGCACAGAAGAGGAUUUUAACAUGUCUGAUGAUGGGGAUGAUGACAGCCCUAUUGAAGAAUCUGUAGUUGAAGACGACAUUGAGGAAGAAGAUGAAGUGGUAAAAGCAAUUAAAGCUGAAAAAAAAAGAGAAAGAGAUCACCCUCCAUCUAUUACAUGUGAUGAAUUCAUUGUUGAUAUAUCAUUGAGUCCCGCUAAGAAUAUAAUUGCUGUAGCUGAUAUUGUUGGUGAUAUUCAUCUAUAUGAAUUCAAUACAGAAGAAACAAAACUUGUCAACACACUAGAGGUACAUCUGAAAGCUUGUAGAGAUAUUGAAUUCAACAGUGAUGGGAAUAUAAUUUUCUCUACAGCCAAGGACAAAUCUAUAAUGGCUACAGAUGUUGAAACGGGAAAGCUAAAACGGUGUUAUGAGAAUGCACACCAGGAUCCAGUUUAUCGUUUACUUUGUUUAGAAAAUAACAAAAUUGUAACAGGAGAUGAUUGUGGUACAGUAAAAUUAUGGGAUGUACGUAAACCGGAUCCUGUAUUUUCAAUAAAAAUUGGCGAAGAGUAUAUUUCUGAUAUGAUAACAAAUGACGCACAAAAAUAUUUAGUAUGCUCGGAUGGAAGUGGUAUUUUAACAUCUAUUGAUCUCAAAGCUAGCAAAAUUUAUACAACAUCAGAAGAAUAUGACUGCGAACUUACUUGCAUGGGAUUGUUUCGUUCAGACACAAAGUUGCUAGUUGGAUCAUCUACAGGAAAAUUUUAUUUAUUCAACUGGAAGGAGUUUGGCCUUCACAGUGAUGAAUAUCUCGGUCAAAAACAUGCGAUCAGUUGUAUGGUACCUGUUACGCAGAACAUAGUUGUCACUUCCGGAGAGGACGGCGUUCUAAGGGCAGCGCAUAUGUUUCCACAACGACAACUCGGUAUCGUUGGUCAGCAUCGCCUACCUGUCGAACAUCUUGAUAUAAGCCAUGAUGGGCGCUACAUUGCUUCUUGUUCACAUGACAAUGAUGUUAAGUUUUGGAAUAUAUCCUAUUUUGAAUCAAUUGACAAUAUUAUUGAUGAAAAGCAUAACAAAAAACGGGAUAUGGUCAAUAAUUUGCCUUCAAGUAGUUUUAAAAAUGCGUCAGAUUUUUUUUCGGGUUUAGCAUAAUGUGUUCGACUUUACUAGCACGCAGUUAAGGAGAAAUAAAUCCAUUUUCUAAAA